CCUGUCCACCUGUCAGAUCCCUCCUCUGCCAAGAGCAGCUCUGUGAGGUCCACAGUGAGCACGAAGCACUGAGCACAGGACCACCUUAGUGCGCGCUCACCGUGGGGACCGUCUCUGUCGUUUUUGCUGACUGUCCCCUUUGCUUUCUUGGCAUUUGGCCUCAAGGCCCAGGGCUCUGUCCAGCUGAUUGUGUUUCCUGCUUGGCUGCUGCCUCCCAGGCCCCUGCAUCAUAUGUUUACUGACUCACUCAGAUAUACCCCCUCCAACCCCCACCCUCCACCAAACCACAUCCCUCUUUGAUGCACUGUUUGGAUUUUCCCAUCUUGUCGCUGGAGAGGAUCUGCCACCAGCUGCCUGGUGCCUUCUCCCCCCACCCCAAGAAAACCCCCUGAAAUUGCCUCUCUACCUCCACCCAUUUCAGGGGACCCACCACGUGUCCCCUUGGCUAAAGUCCCAAGGGCCGAGGGACCCCUGCUGCCACGAGUGGGGACCCCUUGAGGCUGGGUCCUCUUGUUCUGACUGCCUGCCCCCCUCAGGGAAAAAGCACCCCACAGACAGGUGGAGAAGGCUAAGGCCAAAGGCAGAGAGGCGGAAGCUCCAGUGGCCUUUUUGCUGAGCCCCCAGCACCCUAGUGUGAGCGGAGAGCCACAGUGGUUCUCAACGUAGGGAUGGGAAGGGUGAGCACACAUCCUGGGCUGCGACUUGUGCAGGGCUGGGGAGCAGGGGUGGGGGUGGGGGGUCGUUCCCUGAACCCCUGCCAGCGCCCCCACGGUGACAGCAGCUGGCAAUUUCUAAGGAGCAAGUUGUAGUAUUGACCCAGGCGCUUGUUCACAAGGCCUGACCUGGAUUCACGGCCCCCACUUGACAGCUGGAGACCAGAACCACACAGGCAGGCACCAGGCUCAGGACCCAGGCAGGCUGGCCCCGAGCCCAUGCCUCUGACCACUGUGCUGUUGCCUGCAAGUCCCACUACUAAGUCCAUUUCACGGAGGGGAAGACGGAGGCUCAGAGCAGCCAUGUGGGAGGGGAGCGGAGCCAGCAAGGGCCCUUCAGGGCACAGCGACAACUAGACACAGGGACAGACUCAGACUAUCACAGGGAACAUGCGGCCCCAAGGCCAGACACCCCCCCACCCCCGCCCCAGGAAUUAAGGAGACAGAGCACAGAGGAGGGCAGACACAGGGACCCUGAGACCAGGCACCCUUAGCAUGGUUACCUGAGCAUUUAUUUCCGGCCUUCCAACCGCCCCAGAACUAUUUGGGGCAAGAGGAAGAAAAUAGACUGAUUUGCUUCCUCUCAACCCCCUUUCCCCAACGCCCACCCCCUCCAGCCUCAACUAAAUUCUAAGCACCUGACCCUACAACCCAGGAAAGUAGUUUCAUUUCCCCCACUGCAGAUUUCUCAAAGGGAGGGGAGGGCGGGGCUCAGCUCAUUGUUUAAGGACCAAGAAGGGGGCCAGGGCAGACCUUUGGAAGCAACAGGAGAGAGAGGGUGGUACUGCUGUCCACAGAGAGCCCAAGACACCAUCUCCCGCGGAGAGUUAUGGCCUCGUCGGCCCGGUACUUGCUUGUCCUGGUCUCCAUCUUCUUCAGCCUGGUGGCCUCCCUGGACUGGAAGACUUCCCGUAGCCAGGAUCCCUUUGAGAAAUGUAUGCACGAUGCUGACUAUGAGGUGCUGCUCAAGGUUGUGACCUUGGGCCUCAAUCGAACCUCGAAGCCCCAGAGGGCGAUUGUGGUUGGUGCCGGCGUGGCUGGGCUGGUCGCUGCCAAGGUGCUCAGUGAUGCCGGACACAAGGUCACCAUCCUGGAGGCAGACAGCAGGAUCGGAGGCCGCAUCCUCACCUACCGGGACCGGAAGACAGGCUGGAUUGGGGAGCUGGGAGCCAUGCGCAUGCCCAGCUCGCACAGGAUCCUCCACGAGCUCUGCAAGAGUCUGGGACUCAACCUGACCAAAUUCACUCAGUAUGAUGAGAACACGUGGGUAGAGGUCAACAACCUGAAGCUGCGCAACUAUGUGGUGGAGAAGAUGCCAGAGAAGCUGGGCUACAAGCUGCGCCCCAGGGAGAAGGGCCACUCGCCCGAAGAAAUCUAUCAGAUGGCUCUCAACCGGGCCCUCAAAGAUCUCAAGAAACUGGGCUGCAGAAAGGCAAUGAAGAAGUUUGAAAGGCACACGCUCCUGGAAUACCUCCUCGGGGAGGGGAACUUGAGCCAGCCGGCCGUUCGGCUCCUGGGAGACGUGAUGGCCAAGGACGGCUUCUUCUAUCUCAGCUUCGCGGAGGCCCUAAGGGCCCACAGCUGCCUCAGCGACCGGCUCCGGUACAGCCGCAUCGUGGGCGGCUGGGACCUGCUGCCGCGCGCGCUGCUGAGCUCGCUGUCGGGGCCAGUGUUGCUGCACGCGCCUGUCGUGGCGAUAACGCAGGGGGCGCACGAUGUGCGCGUGCACGUCGCGAGCUCGCCCGGGGCCCGGAGUCUGAAGGCCAUGACCGCCGAUGUGGUGCUGCUCACCGCGAGCGGGCCGGCGCUACAGCGCAUUGCCUUCUCGCCGCCGCUGACGCGCAGGGGGCAGGAGGCGCUGCGCGCGCUGCACUACGUGCCGGCCACCAAGGUGUUCCUGAGCUUCCGCCGGCCCUUUUGGCACGACGAGCACAUCGAGGGCGGCCACUCGAGCACCGCCCGCCCGUCGCGCGUGAUAUUCUACCCGCCGCCGGGAGAGGGCGCGCUGCUUCUGGCUUCGUACACGUGGUCGGACGCGGCCACCGCCUUCGCCGGCCUGAGCCAAGAGGAGGCGAUGCGCGUGGCGCUCGACGACGUGGCGGCGCUGCACGGGACGAUCGUGUACCGGCUCUGGGACGGCAGUGGCACAAUCAAACGCUGGGCCGAGGACCCACACAGCCAGGGCGGCUUCGUGGUGCAGCCGCCGACGCUCUGGCAAGACGGCGGGGACGACGGGCAGGACUACGACUGGUCAGUCCCCUACGGCCGCAUCUACUUCGCCGGUGAGCACACGGCCUACCCGCACGGCUGGGUGGAGACUGCUGUCAAGUCGGCGCUGCGCGCGGCCGUGUUAAUCAACAGCCGCGAAGGGCACAGCCGCGAGGGGCACACGCUGGUCAACGAGGAGGGGCUCGUGCGCCAGGUGCCCAGCCGUCCCCGGUGCGAGUUCCAAAAGGCUGGUGCCACCCACGCUCCGGCCCCACAUGGGAUGACCGCUCAGCACACCAAGAGACCCGAGCAUUAAAAAUGUAUUUUCAGAAAAA